AUGUUGUGCUCCGGUUUGAAGAGAGAUAUUGGAUUAACAGUAAGUACAGGUUCUGGAGACAUGAGAUAUUCUACAGGAAUGGUACCUGAAUCCAUUCGGGGUGAAGAUUUUGGGUACGAUGGUGCUAUGGGACCUCAAUAUUGGGGCGAGCGUUACCGAGAAUGUACUGGCAAACAUCAGAGUCCCAUUAACAUCAACGUCCUCCGGGUGAAGCAGGUCACUUUGCCAGAAAUUGUCUUCAUUGGCUUCGACGACUCUAUAGACGGGGUACACGUCACUAACAAUGGACAUACAGUAACUUUUUUUAAUUGGUCGUUGUAUGUUGCUGGUGAAGUACUGAUCGAGGUACAGAACGAACCUCACCCGAGAGUGCGCGGAGGACCUCUCGACGGUGACUACGUGUUCAGCCAGAUGCACUUCCAUUGGGGAGAUAACGACACCUUCGGAUCUGAGGACAAAAUCAACCAUAGAAGUUUUCCUAUGGAGUUGCAUAUGGUGUUUUACAAAGAAGAAUACAAAAGUACAAAUGAGGCUGUGAAGCAUCCUGAUGGUUUGACGGUUCUCGCUUUUUUUUAUGAGUUGGACCGACACGAACAUCCGGCAUAUGAUGACAUAACGUUAGCAUUGUCAAACGUGACCGAGCCCUACUCGUCUGUCAUUAUGACUCACCCAUUCUCUUUCCUCAAUAUCUUGCCAUACGAUUUAAGAAGAUACUUCACGUACCGUGGGUCGUUGACGACACCACCGUGUUCUGAAGUUGUUAUUUGGCUGGAUUUCGAACAACCAGUGAGGUUGACUCAUGAUCAGAUAGAAGCGUUUAGGGAACUAAAGUCUGCCCACGGGAAGAUCACACAUAACUUUAGGCCCAUACAGCCAAUCGGUGAUCGCGUUGUAUUUUAUAACAUAGAUAGCACAUACUUCAGUUACAACGAGAUAGAUGAGCCUGACGAUAAGACUACAACCAGCAAGCCAUACAAGAGGCGGAAGGGACAUAACAGUGGUAGCAAUCAUAAAUUAAACAUAAUCUGUAGCCUAAAUGUUUUGUUAGCAAUGACUUACUAUUUAUAA